UCCGGAUUCUACUGCGGCUGCGCGCUGACAAACGGCGUCGUUCCCAUGACAACCCGAAUGGAAGCUGGAGAGAACGUCGCAACUGAACCGUUGCUCGUGAGGAGUUUGUAAAACUACCGGAGGGACAAAAAGCGAUACAAUAAUGCAGUCGAUAAAGGAGGAGGAGGACGCCGCUCCUACUGUCGCUACAAAGUCACAACCUAUGGAAAAGGUGAAAGCUUCAGAGGAGGCUGCCGCCGAAGAGUCUAAACAUGACGACGAGUCAAAAGCUUCGGACCAGGUUGUCCCUGAAGAGUUCAAAUACGAAGAGCCAAAAGCGCCAGAGGAAGCUGCCGCCGAAGAGCUGAACGUUUCAGACGAGGCUGUUUCUGGAGAGUCCAAACUCGAAGAAGAGCUAAAUGUUUCAGGCGAGACUGUUUCCGGAGAGUCUAAACUCGAAGAAGAGCUAAAUGUUUCAGGCGAGACUGUUUCCGGAGAGUCUAAACUCGAAGAAGAGCUAAAUGUUUCAGGCGAGACUGUUUCCGGAGAGUCCAAACUCGAAGAAGAGCUAAAUGUUUCAGACGAGGCUGUUUCCGGAGAGUCUAAACUCGAAGAAGAGUUCAAAGCUUCAGAAGAGGCUGUCGCUGAAGAGUCCCAAUAUGCGCACGAGCUAAAAGCGUCAAAGGAGGCUGUCAAUUUCUUGAUCUCCAUAGAGCCCGAGGAGCUGCAGAGGUGUGUGUUUUCAGAGUCUCUGGUGGUGCUGGCUGAUAGCGGCGGAGUCCUGGGGGAGUUCGGCGUGUCUGUGGAGUUCACCCACAGAGCCCUGGAGCCCUGCGUGAUUCUGCAUGCUCGGAGCCACGGAGCUAUCGACGGCUCUCCCUGUGGAACAACGGUGACCGCUUACCUCACCGCUGACCUGGAGGUCCUGGAGGAAGACUACCAUGAGUAUGUCAAGCUCGACAGUUACAAUGUUGAGAAGAGGAGUCACAUGAUGCAACGUGACAAAAUGAUGGUGAUCAACAAAUUCACCGCCAUGGGAGAGGACGUGACCGAGGAGGAGAGUGUGACUUAUCCCAUGUCUGUCCUGAGUGGCCUGGUCACCGAGGGAUCCAGCAUGCUACUGAUGCGUCUCAUGGCUCUGAGGAAGAAAGUUCCAAAGAACAUGGUCUUCAUCAUGUUGGACCAAAGUUUACAUAUAAAUCAAACCACUUUUAGUGAACUGGGCGUGAAGAAAGUACAGGUUCACGGUGAGACCGUGCAGGUAUUUGGGCUUGAGAGGAUGGUUGGUUCCGCUGAUGCCGACCAUUCCACGUGGCACUGCUACUUCCUUGACAACGGUCACUUGGCCAGCAGAAAGCAGGUGGGAUCUCCAGUCACAAUGAAGGUUAUGCAGGAGCUUUCAAAGAAAUACAGAGGCCAUAUGAAGGUCCCUCUGGUGUGGCAGGAAGACAUGCAGUUGUACUCUCUGUAUUUGGAUAAAAAGGACUUUCUGAAGGCAGAACACAAUUCAUACCUGAGGGAGCACCCAGAGCUCCGAGCCCUCCUGUCAGAUUUCAUACAGGACUUGCUGAUUGUGAAACCGGACAACGUCUUCCAGUUUGCUCGAGAAUAUUUCCCUCCUUAUUCCACCUGCCAUUCCCCCGGAGUCUAACCGGAAAACCCCCUCAGCCUGAAACGCUUCAGCUGGAACGUCACCCACAUCUAAAACAUUAUUUCCUUGCUUGAUGCCCGUCAGUGCUUUUAUAAACUUCAUUGUAAUUUUUAAUUAGUUUACCUUAAGGCAGUGAUGUGCACCCCAGGCCUCGAGGGCCGGUCUCCUGCAACUAUUAGAAGUGUCUCUACUUCAACACACCUGAGUCAAAUAAUGAGGUCAUUAGCAGGACUCUGGAGAACCUGACUGCACUUAGGAGGUGAUUCGGUUAUUGGAUUCAAGUGGGUUGGACCAGGGAGACAUCUAAGAGUUGCAGGACACCAGCCCUCAAGGACCUGGAUUACCCACUCCUUCCUUAAGGUAUGAAGGGGAACUUUAAAAUGGCAUACUUGGUAAUCUAAGGGAUCUAAAUUAACUGAUUUGUUUUAAAGAGAACUGUUAUAGGUUGGUUGGUCAUGAGUUCUUCUGAGUUCAUGAGUUCUGGGUUCACUAUGUGGAGGGAGUUUCUCCAUAGAAGUAGAAUAGACUAUUCUGUGGAGUAUUCUGGCAUGUUUUUUGCUGUAAAAAUGAGUCAGCUUUGUUGUGCGUGACAUUUUUUCUUAGGGAACCUAAAUUUUCUGAAUAAAUUGACAUGCACCUAA